AGUGCCACUGCCCCGGCCAGCUUAGGGCGGGCAUUUUGCGUUAUGAGAGACGACCAUCAUUUGAUUCAGCUGUUCACAACAAACCUGGAGUGAUUCCACCGCGACAUCACACAUAUAUUCUAGAAGAUUCAGGCUUGCUUGACUACUGUAAUCUCGAUAGAAGGUUUGCUCCAUUGGUUCACUUACUCUGCACGCCCGAUUGAAGACGUGGUGUGUUUCUUUCACCAGAGCUGUACUGCAAACACCUUACACGGAGUAACAACAUCGGAACUCCUCCUUCAGUCAGAGGGGGACGCCGUGGCGCGUCGUCGAUAUGUCGAGGGCAAGCUGGAGCGAUGACACAGGGCGUGGGAGAGGAUCUGCUCAGGCACUGCUGCGAAAUGGCUCCAGCUGCUCUAAUUGCCACGACCUUCAAAGUGUCUGCGAGAGCUUGAAUCAGCUCCUUCAAGAAAAGGAGAGGCAGGUGAAGCUGCUGGAGCGAGACUUGGAGGUGCAGAAGAGCCUUAACAACAAGCUGCUGGAGAAUGUCUGUGAGCAGCAGGUGGAGAUCCUAAAACUAAAAGGUGAUAAAACAACAACAACAAAUGAAAGCUAUACCCAAAUGGAGAAAUAUGAAGAGCCGCGUUUGGAGAUAUAUGAGCAAGCCGUCGAGUCUUCCAACUCGGUGAAGACAAUAUGCAUUCGCAAGCAUGAAAACGGGUACAUUGAAGCACCACAAGACAAUGAUGCUUCUCACCUUGAAGCUUCGCGAGAAGCUGAAGCAGCACAUGGAGAAUCCAUUUACGCUACAGAUUUGGAGAGCGUUGUGAGCAAAGAGCACAAGCGGAAUAGCUCUACAAUGUCUGACUUUUCCAUGCAGUCGGUCGAGACUGAACAUGCAAACCAUGUUUCGAUACAUGGCAACUCUAGAAGGGCGUCUUCUCAGUCAGAUUCACUUGCACCUCGUCGCGGUCAGGUGAAUGGCUCUGUUCAGCUCAUUGAAACUGAGAUCCUACACAUGCAACAAAAUCCAGAGAAGCCACCCCAUCGACCAGAACGUUCAACAUCCCUUGGGCUGGCCGGUAUGGUUCAAGCUGAAUACAUCGACGAGGCUUGUGUGACCAGACUCAAUGGAGAAAUGACCCCACGCAGACAGGUCAUUAAUGGGGAGCCUUUGGCGAAUUAUCCUCCGGUUAAAAAAAUCACGCUCGUUAAUCCGAUCAAGAACCUUCGUUUAAAUCUGCGUCACAAGAAACAAGGGGCAGGCUGCAAUGGUUUUGUCCCGCCAAACCUACUGCGCGAUUGCCCUGUCUGCCACAUGAGCUUCCCUCCACAUAACAGCGAGAUUGAGAGGGCACAUCAUGUCAACAACCACUUUCUGGACAACUGACAAUGACAUGCUUCACUGCUCGCUCAGAGAAGCUCGUACAUGGAAUGUCAUUGUUGUUAUCUGUGCGAGCAGAACAUGAGCAGUUUGUUUGCAAUGUGCACAGACAACUAUAGUGAUUUUUUUUUAUGUUUUAGUUUUGCCUCUCUUUUUGUUGUUGUUCGUUUUUUCAUAAAUAGAAAUUCUUUUAUACAGUUGUCACCAACAUUCAUGUUGGGGCAUCCUAUAGUAUUAAUUGCACCAGGUAUUUUCACCAAUUUUAAUUUAAGUGUUUAUAUUUUGUGUAAAAAAACAUUUCGGCCAAGGUACAAUUCGAUUUGGAAGUCGUUAUUGUAAUGCUGACUUGAACUACACACUGCUGGUGAUAAAAGUAAUAAUACAUUCAAGUUUUUGUAUCGUGAUGUAUGGCAUUUUUUUUUAAAGUUUCGCAUUGAGAUACAGUUAGAGAUGCUUAAUGAACCCAAAGUGUAUUGUAUUUCUGUCAUAUAAAUUGUAGCUAAAUGCCUGAAAUCUAAGCAAAACCAGUUUCUUUUGUUUUAUGCCUAAAUAUAUGCAUUAUAUUAAAUGCAAAAUUAUCUAAUAAAAUAUAAACUGAAUAUAAGUUAAGUGUAUGUGGGCAUACAAUUAAAUACAGCAUAACAUCUGA